UCGCGCCGAGCUGCUCAGAACGAGGGACGAGUUUGAUGAUCGAUGUACGGCUUUGAGCAUGCUGCGCCACGAGCAUCGCAAGCGUAGAUUGCAUCAGAGCCUCAUAGCCGAGGAGAGGCAGGCACAUGGCAAGUAUUCCGCGACUCUAGAAUGCUCGAUGAGACUUUGCAACUGACUACAUCAUAUGUAGGUGACCAUGUGAUGGCCUCAGAGCUGGCCGGCCAGGUGCCUAUUCCGAGGGCUGAUCUUCCUGAACAGCCUGCCCGGGAUGAGCGCAGCGAUAUCUUCAACGGCAACCCAGAGAGGCGUUUUGCUAUCUACCUGGGAGUGGUGCAAACAGGCCAUGCUCCUCCUGUUGAGAAGAGUUCUAGCUCGAGUCAGAGCGCCAGUGUAGCGCCCAAAGAGAAGAAGACUACCGAGAGCAUGAACCGAGAGUCGACCGCCAGGCUGAAGGAGCAGAAGCAGGGACGGAAACCUGACCUGCGCCAACAUGGCCUUUCAGAUGAAGCGAACGCUCGCUUCUCAUCCUCCCUCAAUCGCGACCCGAAGCCCCGCAAGUCUAUCGGUACGCAGAAGAUUGAUAGUCCUACCGUCGAAGAAAGCAAGAAGGCCACAAAACAAAGCCUUGUUCCGGCUGCUCUGCAUGACAAAGAUCCUAUCGACACGUCUCAAUAUGAGGAGGCUACCACCAAAAUUCCUCAGAAGAUUGCGAGCCGUGUAGAAUGUUCAGGUUGCUCGGAGGUGCUCGGUGAGGGAGACAUACUCCAGCUCUCCUGUGCCUCUUAAGGCGCUCAGAAGCAUGCAUACUAUCGGACUUGUCUCAAGGACAUGUUCGAAGGUGCCAUAGCAGAUUCCGGCUGUUUUCUCCCUCGCUGCUGUGAUCCGCUCGAACUGUUCCACUGCAUGCCUUUCUUUUCCGAGGACCUCAUUGCCCGGUUUCGGGAAAAGAAGGAAGAGUUGGACACGCCGCACCGUACCUAUUGCAGCAAGGCCGAGUGUGGAAAGUGGAUAAAGCCAGUGGAUAUCGAGGCCGGCGUGGCGACUUGUUCCACGUGUGCUCAAGAGACUUGCACGUCCUGCAACGCAGCGCUUCAUGAUGGGCUUUGUCGCGAGGAUGAGGAUGUGAAAGCUCUGUUGACCUUGGCGAAGCAGAGGCGCUGGAAGAGUUGCCCGGAGUGCAAGAAUAUGGUAGAGCUGAGGUCCGGUUGCUAUCACAUCAC